UCACGAGAACUACUUUUUGGGGUGGUCAGUCUUCUCCACCACACAAGACAAAUGACAUCUAUGAAAGUCCCUGGGACCAAGAUUUAGAAACUUAUUGUCUGUGAAUGUUGGGGACUUGUGCUGUUGGGGGUGUCCUGGCACCAGCUUCCUCCUGCAGGCCAGGGCCCCAUUCAGCAGCAGCUGGCAGGCCCAGCUGGCAAGGUGUCCUCGAGGCUCUGCUGUGCCAGGGUCUCGUCCCCACCGCUGUCCCCUGUUUGCCAGGCCUGCAGUGCGUGUGCCAGCUGUGCGAGCACACCAACUUCACCUGCCACACGGAGGGCGCCUGCUGGGCCUCGGUCAUGCUGACCAACGGGCGCGAGGAGGUGGUCAAGUCCUGCGUCUCUCUGCCGGAGCUGAACGCCCAGGUCUUCUGCCACAGCUCCAAGAACAUCACCAAGACCGAGUGCUGCUACACCGACUUCUGCAACAACAUCACGCUCCGCCUGCCCCUCGCAGCGUCGGAGGCUCCCGGCAGAGCGGGGCCGCGCUCGGCGGUGCUGGCGGUGGCGGUGGCGGUGCCGGUGUGCGCGGUGCUGCUGGCGGCGGUGCUGGCGGCCUGCUCGGCCCGGGGCUGGCGGUGCUGCGCCCGCCGCGGGGCCAAGCCCCCCAACGUGGAGGAGCCCCUGUCCGAGGGCAACCUGGUGAGCUCCGGGAAGACGCUGAGGGAUCUCAUCUACGACAUGACGACCUCUGGCUCUGGCUCCGGUCUGCCUCUGCUUGUCCAGAGAACUAUCGCAAGGACUAUUGUCCUGCAGGAGAUUGUGGGAAAAGGCCGAUUUGGCGAAGUCUGGCGUGGGAAGUGGUGCGGGGAGGAUGUAGCUGUGAAAAUCUUCUCCUCCAGAGACGAGCGGUCCUGGUUUCGGGAGGCAGAGAUUUACCAGACGGUCAUGCUGAGGCACGAAAACAUCCUGGGCUUCAUUGCUGCUGACAACAAGGAUAACGGGACGUGGACUCAGCUCUGGCUUGUCUCUGAGUACCACGAGCAGGGCUCCCUGUUCGACUACCUGAACCGGGGCACGGUGACGGUGGAGGGCAUGGUCCGGCUGGCGCUGUCAGUGGCCAGUGGCCUGGCCCACCUCCACAUGGAGAUCGUUGGCACGCAAGGGAAGCCAGCGAUCGCGCACCGGGACCUGAAAUCCAAGAACAUCCUGGUGAAGAGGAACGAGACCUGCGCCAUUGCCGACCUGGGCCUGGCGGUGAAGCACGACUCGGUGCUGAACACCAUCGACAUUCCCCAGAACCCCAGGGUGGGCACCAGGAGGUACAUGGCCCCCGAGAUCCUGGACGAUGCGAUGAACAUGAACAUCUUUGAGUCCUUCAAGCGUGCAGACAUUUACUCUCUGGGGCUGGUGUACUGGGAGAUAGCCCGGAGGUGCUCCAUUGGAGGAAUCACUGAGGAAUACCAGUUGCCUUACUACGACCUUGUGCCUUCUGAUCCUUCGAUAGAAGACAUGAGAAGGGUUGUCUGUGAACAGAAGCUCAGACCAAGUAUUCCAAACCAGUGGCAAAGCUGUGAGGCGCUGCGGGUGCUGGGCCGGGUGAUGCGGGAGUGCUGGCGUUCCAGCGGUGCCGCGCGUCUCACCGCGCUGCGCGUCAAGAAGACGAUCUCGCAGCUCUGCGUGCACGAGGACUCCAAAGCCUGACAGACCUCCCCGUGGGACGAGAGGGGAAGGCAUUCUGCUGUUCAUCUUUCCACAUGUGAUAGUAUUUUUGUUUCUGGUCUACCUCAGACGAUGUGGUUCCUUCCGUACUGCGGUGCCUGAGGCAGAGCACCGACCUCGAGUGCUGCGUUCGGCCGUGGGGCGAGGCAGCUUGGGACUCGUAGCUGGGGUUUGGUACAGCAAGUCCGUGACUUGCUUUGGUUUUGUGAGUAAAUCGGACACCAAUGAAUUGCAGGAAGGAGCUUAAAGCCUCAUGACAGUGUAGAAAUACCUUCUGCUGUUGUGCUUUUCCUCCUUGUCACACCCCAAGCGUCCUGGAAAUGUCUGGUGUUGGUUAAAGCUUGUUUGUCAGGGAAACCUCAUGUUCUGUUCUCAAACCAAGUAAAAGACCAAAUUAACCCAGCUUUUUACCUGUUUUUUUUGCAGGAAUGUGAAAAGGGGUUGUCAGUAAAUGCAUUUUGAAUUACUUUAUUUAUAAUUACCUAAGUAAUUAAAACUAUGGAAAUUCCACUAAGUGUGUACAUUGUGAACAAAACCACUGAGUCAGUUCCCUAUUAACAUUUAUUUUUAUAGUCUCAAUUUCGCAUACAAUGUUGUGGUAAAAAUUUGAGUUGUUCUGCUCUGUCUUUUGUUCAUUGAACAGAUCAAUCAAGGGACAACUUUUCUUUUUAACUGUUAGUAGGAAAAAUAAUAGAGGCAAUAUGUUUCUGUUAGCUAUGUAGGGAUGCAACAGGAGAAAUUCUACCUAAACUGAGAAAAUAUUUGUUUUUAGCAACAUCUUUCCAAUCACUGGUAACAAUUUUUUAGUGCCUUCUGAUGUAUUGGGGGAAGCUUUAACAAAAGCCAAUGCAGCCUGUUCAGAGGUUUCUUACAGAAUUCUGUAACAGCACCAGGCUGGUGAUGAAUAUUAACAUUUCUGCUCAUGUUUCCAUAAUAUUACAAGCCAGCAAAGUGAGUUUUGUAUUAAAAUUCACCAAAGUUUUGGCAUUAUGUGAAUUUUGCCACACUCCAUGGCCCACAUAUUUGAAUACAAUGUUUGAAUAUUUUUAAUGGGCAAAAUUAUAUAUUUCAUAGUCUUAUGGUUUUUCUAAUGUUUCUAAAUCCAGCUGGCUCACAGAAAUUAAGCCCAAAGAUGUUUCCAGAAUAGCAAAGCUUUGCAGAAAUAUGAUGUGGCCCCUGCAGCUCUGUGGCAGGCAGCUGUUGGCUGAUCACAGUGAGUCAGAUCAGUCUUUGGGGCAAAAUCUCUUGACCUGAGCGAUUGUGGGGGAGAAUGAGUUCAGCCUUUACUGAGUGCGGUGGUCAGUAGUGCCAUUACACCGGGUUUCAUCCUGAGUGCUCAUCUUCAGGACAUUGUGGAUACUUGGUGGCUGUAAAUUGCCCGUAAAUAGGCUUUGAUGCAAUUUACCUGUUUGCACAGGGUUUAGUCACUCCUGCUUUUGUUAAACAACAGGGCUUUGUGUGGUCUGCAGCCGAGCAGUGGAGCGUAUUUCCCCAGAGCUGCUGGCAGGUUUUGCCCCAGUGUGGUUUCUCAGAUAUAAUCAAGGUUGUCUUAGAGAUUCAGGGAGGACUUGACAGGGCUUGGAGCAACCUGGUCUAGUGGAAGGUGUCCCUGCCCAAGGCAGGGAGGUGAAAGGAGACAAUCUUUAAGGUCUCUUCCAACCCAAACCAUUCUGGGAUUCUAAGAUUCAAUUCUUAUGUGCUUCAGCUGCAUGAACUACCCCGUGGAGCUCAGUGAUGUGACUUUGUAGGCUGCAUGAUCCAAAUUUUGGCAGCUGCAUGAUCCAAAGCCUGGUGCUGACUUGACUAGCAAAAAAAUUUGCAAACCUAAGAUCUAGCACCUGUUCUUGUAGUAUGUAACUUGAAAAAAAAUCCUUAUCUUAAAAAGGAAGAAUCAAAGAUUUAUUUUUUAAAGUGGGAAAGGAGUUUCAGUUUUCAGUUCCCCACCCCGAGUCUCUGAAAAUUGUUGACCAACCCGGUAAUUUGAACAAGACCUUUUUGGUGCCUGGCUGGGAGGUGUGGAUGGAGGAUGCUCAGGCUCGGCUGCUCCUCACACAGGUCACAGUUGCAGAUCCAGAAAUGCUUUAACUUUUUCCCUGGAAAUAUCUCUUUGCAUCAGACAUUAUGGUCUGUUUACCCUGGCUUUUCGCCUAACUCAGUGUUUUUGCACUGGUUUUGUUUUCUUUUUUGUUGUUGAGAGGUGAAUGUACAUUUUGAUGAACCAGAGUUGAACAUAACUGAGCCAAGGGGCAGAUGUUGUUGUAUUGAGCUCUGAAAUGUUUGUAAACUCUACACUCCUUUAGAAAAACCCCAAAGAACCCUUGUUUUAGUGGCCUUUCCCCUCCAUGUGGGUUUGUCCUGUUCUAAUUUAAGCACAGAGGUUAUGCCAAGACACUUCUGUGCAGUUUAGGGAGGCUUCGGUUUCCUCAGAGAUUACAAUGUUCCUGAUAAUCUUCACUUAAAGCACAAGUUCUUAAACUCAUGAAAAUUUUCAAGGUCAAGGAUGCUCAAAACCUGUCACCACAUUCAGCCUCCUAAUUAAUGCUUCUAGUUUGGGGGAGUUACCAAUAUUUUAUAAUUUGCUUCUAAUAACAAUCUAAAGUUUAAUGCAGGGAUUAUGGACUGAAAGGGAAAGUUAAUUAAUGUUUCCUGUAGCACCUAAUUUUUUUGUGUUGCUUGAACUGCUGCCCCCAGACACUCCUUUAGAAAUUCAGGCUGUAAUGUCCUCUGCACUUUCCUACUUUUAUAAUUUGCACUUAAUCAAGCCAUGCCCUCAUGUGACACUAUAAAGAAUCCUGCAAUAUUUUAGUCACUGCUAUGUCACUUCUUUGCUUGGUACUAGAUUCAGGAAUUAUAAAUAAAUUUGUUUAGAAAUAUUCCCAGUCCCUACAACGGGUCUGAACUUUGAGCAGGGCAAGUUCUUCUUCUCAGUCCCCGUCUGCCCGGAGCUCCUGUGCCAAGGGUGGGCUUGAGGCUGUCCCCAGCUCCCCCUUGUUCAUGGGAAGGAGGUGUUUGGGUUUCAUCCCUUGCCUGGGGACGGUAUCACAGGACAGGGACGGGGGUGGCACUGGGGCUGCUGCCCGGGGCGGUGCUUCCGCAGGACUCUGACCGCGGAGGUGUGGGGCUUGUGCCCCUCCUUCGGCCGCACCGACAGCGGGGCACAAGCCCGUUCCUGUGCCCAGGAAGGUUAUGGUUCGGUGGGGGUCUGUGAGGCUGUCCUUGGGGUGUCCUUGGGGUAUCCUUGGGGGGCCCUGGGCCAGCACCUGGGUACCCCCAGCAGCACUGAAAACACGUCCCCUCCUCUGCCCUUGGCUGUGCAAGCCGCGUGUCUGUGAUUCCAGGGAUCGUCCCCACGGGCUGUGGUACCCCAAUCCCCCCCAAGCUUUUAGGGAAAGAUGGCCAUGUUCUGCUCUAACAGGCAGAACAAUUUAUGAAUGUACAGGGAAUAAGUAUAGAGGUACAAUAUAUUUCUACAGAAUAAAAGAAAUGUGCAAUAAAUUGUAACUUACACUGAAUGUAUUUUUGGCAUAAAUGGACCAGAUGUAUUUUGAAUGUAGCUAUGACAUUGUGUCUAAACCUGCUGUGAUUCUCAGUCCCUAAGAAAAACGUCAUGUUUUGUCAAUCUACAAACCACUUCCUCAGUUGUCUGUUUUUAAAAGAAGCAUUAGUAUUUUAUCUGGAACACCGUAAUAUUUCUGAACUAAGUAUAGCAGUGCAGCGCUCGACUUCAACCCUCGUGUUGUGAAAUAUCUGAUCUGUGUACACUGCAGAGUUAUUUUUAAAACUAUUGCUAACGUUAUUGCUUGAUAUUGCAGCUGCCUGGUUGUAAAAUAAUGGUUUAGCUGUUGUAUUUUGUAUGCGGAUUUGGGGAAGAUGUGGCAAUUUUAAUAAAUUCAGCAUACUCUGCC